UUAUUUUACAUGAUAAUUUUUUUCCCUACUUACAAUCUAGUGAAGCUACCUAAAUUAAAAUUAUUAUUUUCUAGUUAUUACAAAUAAUUAUUAAUGACAGAAACCAGACGGAUAGCCAUGGUUCAUCUCGCCGGUGCCGGAAUUAGAACAGUCGUCGGAAUCAAUCGGAGGCCAACAUUUUUUACACCAACUCUAACAAACAGUACCAUUUCAACGCUUUACGUCGUCGCAUCUCUGUGUCGGAGCUGCAGAGAACAUGCUUUCAGUAGCGCUUGGACAGAUUUUCCCGUAGAGAACGCCUACGAGCUUUUAGGAGUGUCCGAGAAUAGCUCCUUUGCUGAGAUUAAAGCGUCGUUUCGCAAAUUGGCCAAAGAAACUCACCCGGACCUCGCCGAGUCAAGGAACGAUUCCACUGCGUCUCGACGAUUCGUACAAAUCCUGGCCGCCUACGAGAUUCUUUCAGAUUCUCAAAAGAGAGCCCAUUAUGACAUGUACUUGUUGUCUCAGAAAAAGCUUAUGCAAAAGCAUUCUGGAAAGGGUUCAAAAUUGCAUAUUUACGAAUCACAGUUUACUACAUUCAAGGAGAUGGAAGUUGUUGAAUGGUUAAAAUGGUACAGAUUAACUAUGCAUAAUAUUUUGUCAGAGAAGAAGGUGGUGGUUGGAACAGGCUAUUUUGAUGUACUUGAGAGAGAUUUUUAUUCAGCUAUUCAUGCAGCAUACUAUGGUCCUGAAAUUGAUUUUAUGGCCAUGGAGCUUCUUCCUGACUGCUUUGAGGCUGAGGAGAGGUCCUCUUAUGAAACUCCUGAGGUUUUGCACUUAGUUUCAGGACGUGAUCUUUUCGGGAUGGUUUGCCUAGUCAACAAAAUUCCAGAGAUAUCAACUAUUAACAAUGAGAAGUUAACUUCUUCUGGAUCCUUCCAUUCAGACCCAUGUCAAUCUAUAAUAAAUCUGAACAUCGACAGGAAUGCAGAAAGGCCAGAUGAUUUUGAAACUCAUCAAGGUCACAGCUCUAAAACUUCAAGUAUUGUAUCAGAUGCAUAUAGACAUCUAGAAUUGCAUAUCUCUGGAAGAGUGGUUGCUACAGCAUCUAGGGCCCUACCUAGAUGUUGUUCUGAAGCGAUGCAGACAGAAGAUGCUGAAGAUCACAUUCACGUGUUCCUGAACUUCUGUGGAGAUCCCAAUCAUAUUAGCAGUGAUUUUUCGAAAGAUAAUCCUGCAAAUGGUGCAGUUGGAAGAAGAAUUCAUUUGGGAACUAUAUCUGGACUUGGGAGCAGUCCAGACGAAGGUUGUUGUUAUGCCUACGAUGACAAGGGUACAAAGACCCAUGUGAUUAUGAAGCAUAGAACAUUGAUGGUGAAGCAUAUGCACUGGUAUCAAGUGAGUGAGAAAGUUUCAGUUUGUGAGUGUAGAUGCACUAGAGCACGUUUACCCCCAAGCAAAUUUUGGCUAUUUGAGCCUCGUUGUGGCUUCCAUGACAUAGGGGGUUGGUAUGUUGAAACAUAUGGCAAAGAUAAGAAUGGUCGUACAAUGCCAUCACAAAGGUUCUGGGAUGGCUUGGACUAUAACAAGCAAGCUGACAGAAGACUUCACCCAGCAAUGUAUCUGUUUGCUCUUGCAUAUCGAACACUUGACCUUGAGUAUGCCAAGGCAAGCAGGAAAUCAUUUAGUAAUGUUGUUGGAGCACAAAUGUUUCGAAUUCUUCAUUGGUGCAAGAAACUUGUUCAAUAGGUAUCCAUUGAGUUGAUGACACUGUCAAUGGAUUUAUUGUGUCCUUGCUACAACAAUUUGGAAAGAUCAACAUAUUCUUUAUAGUAAUACCAGAAGAUUUCCCAGUGGGUUUACAGUUACAAAAAGACUCUUGAGAUGCUCUGUAAGUAGUGAAAGGAAAUUCAUUAGAAGCCUCUUGUUUUAUUUACUUGGUUAGAACAAGUUCAACUUUUCAUCUGCAUAGUGAUGGAUAUGUUUACCAAAUACUGGAUUCACUUCAUUUAAUCAAGGAUUGACUGCUGGUGCUGUUUUAAUAUUUGAGGAACCAAUAUCAUGCCUGAGCCAAUUUGCACCAACACUGAAUUUGAGAAAAAUAUUCUCUGGGCGCUACUUGUUUCAGAAUUGUUGUGCAACCCAAAUCAUCAUGGAUAUACUUCUAUGGAUUUCUAUGUGUAAGACAUACCUCUACAGUUGCCUAUCUAUCAUUAAACAAAGAUUCUUUAUUUUGGUCAGUAUUGUGGAGGCUAGUUGUUUCACUGCAAAAUGAGUUUCAUCCCCUUAUUGGAAAGGUCAUGGAGCUGGACAGUUUCCUGGAAUUUACUCGGUCAUCAUAACUCAUGGUAUAUCAAAUACAACUUCUGCUUGCAUAGACUUGUCCCUAUUGGCAUGUGUCUACUUUUGUAUAUUAUAAUAAUAAUGAUAAUAAUAUAUCUAUAUAUAAGAGUGUUUUUCUAGUUUACAUUUCCCCCCACUUAAAUGUGUUGCUCUUCCCUCUGGGUUUAUAUGCUAAUAGUACUAUGACACGUGAUUUGAUAUUGUCAUGUUAUUGUUAGAUUUAUUCUUAUGUUUCUUCACCAUCUAUUUUGGGCUUUGACUCUGCUUUGAAUGACUUGAACGAUUAUCUUAACUAAUAGAAUACGGCCUUGGGCCAUAGAGUAAACACAAAUUGCAAACUGCUUUAACUAAAUGAAAUUGACUACAUAUGCCUUUUUUUUAUCCUUUAUUUGAGAAGAUCCUCCCAUUUGCAGUACUGCCCUCCAGCUAAUGCUCGAUAAAACCUAUCCCUACAAUAGACAGGUCUUCCAUCAGCAGCCUCAGCCGCAGCUGCUGCUAGAUCAUCAUCAGUUAUCACCUCCACAGGCAGUUUAAGCAACUCCUCCUUUCUACAAUAUGCAUUAAAAAAUUUCGAUGACAUGGUGCAAAGACUCAAGAAGAUAGUCAAGGAUAUUUAUGUCCUCUCUUACCUUAGGUUCUUUGUGUUAGCCUUGGGAGCUUGAAAGGUUGAUUUAAUUUCUUCUGUGGUAAAGGUAGUUCGAAGAAAAUUCUCCACUGGUGUAGCAAAGAUAAAUAGCAUAACUCCUGUAACAAGUAAUGCUCCUGUUCCAACUAGCGUUUGCUUCAGCAGUUUAACUACUGGCUUAACCUGGGGACAUGGAAUAUACGUGAAUCAUGCUGCAAGAAAUCAAAUUUAACAUAUUGCUCUUCUAUUCUGUAUCCAAAAUCUUUCUUCACAAUGAAUUCAAGCAAUGCAGCGCUACUUUGUGAUGUCCAGUACCUUGUAAGAGCCCAACAAUCUAUCUCGAGCUAGGAUCUGCAAAGAAACUAAGUUUUCAGAUUAUAUUGCCUGAAAUGAGAGAAAUGAAACAUGUCAUUGGUUCAUUUAGUAGUAGUAAUAUUUGUUAGCACAUUUCACCUAUCCUUAUUCCAUAUCCUUCAUAUUUACCCAUUCCGAAAAUACUGCUUGUUACUUAAUCAAGAAGUAUCUCACAAUUUGUAAGGCAAUUGCAGUUGCUAACCUGUUAUCUGUUUGCCUUUAUGAAUGACCCUGUCUUUUGUUAUUAGGGCUGGUAGUUGAUCUUAUCCUAGUAUCUAGUACUAAAUUGCAAGCAAUGAAAUUGGCUAAUUUUAUAUUCAUGAAGGGUGACAUAUUUGACUGACAAAAUAUCCUGCUGUUGAUAGAAUCAUAAAUUGUCAGUUUACAAUGUACACAUUUAUCUUAUAGCACUCUGGUUCUACAUCCUUCAAUAUGAUUUUGCACAUGUAAUGUCUUUAGGGAUACGUUUGUUCUCUUCUCUCUAUGUACAGGAAGAAUGCGAAAAAAAGGCUAACCUCUGGCGGCUUCACCCACAUCUGUCCGUCAUACCAUCCACUUUCUUCAUAAGGAAUGACUGCUGAUAGAAGUCUAUCUCCAACAUAACUCCAACCC